AUGGCGUUUUCACGAUCCUUGCAGCUGUGCCGCCUUCUGCGCUCAGGAGCUGAGCGGCCUGUCAGGUUUGCGAGGACGUCCACGCGACCUGGUCAGCUCUUUCCGGAGCUGGGCGAGUCGGAGCAGAGUUCCCCGAGGCGAAGUAUUGAGCCGGAGAUGCCAAGACGGCCGGCCUGGGAUGAUGACACUGAAUGGGAGGCUUCUUUGGAGGCCAAACCCUCUGUCAAGCCCAAGCCUAAGCUGCCGCUGGAGGAUGUGGGCGACUUCAUCCUCUCCCUGGCGGUGCGCCGGAAGAUGACGGGCUACGCGCUGCUGCGCUUCGGCGACUUCCUGCCGCUGCAGUUCGGGCUGGUGGACGUGUCGAAGCACGGCCAGGACGAGGCCCAGAAGAAGGCCCUGGAGGUGGCGGCGGUGCUGCGGGACCUCAAGCAGGUGGCUCCGAAGAAGCUGCUGCAGCUGGCGGAGAACCCGGAGGCCAUGGAUGCGCUGGGGGAGGAGAUGAAGAGCAGGCAGUGGAAAUGGGUGAUCGCCUUUGACGACUCCACCAUGGAUCGAGGUCCGCCUGUGAAUGUCAGGGAGAAUCGCGCCCAGCGCACCGUGUCUAUGCUGCAGGGCCUGCUGAUCUCGGACUGCAAGAAGAUCUUCAAGUCCGCGCCGCAACUGGUGAACCCCAGGAGGCACUGCUGCAAGGUCUUCAAAUGA